UGCCUGGAGGCACACGCUCCUGCCCCUACCUGCUUCAGAUUUCGGGAGUGUGGAUUAAGCCCUACCGCUUCUCUCGGGAACUUGAUGGAUGUUUGGAGACACUGAGGCAAAAUUGCUGAGAAGCAACAGAGCCCUGCAGAGACAGCCUGUGGGCGCAGCCACCUUCUCCCUGCUGUGUCUAUCGUGUGCAUGAGUGGAUAGCCCAUUCGCCAUGAGCUGUGACCCCGCUGACAUUCCCAGGUGGCCCCGCAUCCCUCGCAUAGGACCUGUCAGCUUGGUCGCCUCUCCAUUUCUGAUGUGCUCAAUCCUCAUGGAGCUACGUUCGUAACCAUGGCAACUCGGGUCGAAGUUGGCUCCAUCGCAUCCCUGAGGGCGGGGCCCGGCCUCGGUGACAUCAGCCGGGAGGAAACCCUGAAGAGGACCUACUUUUGCCAGGCUGGGGACAUCCCCGGGGCACCCACCACCAGGAUCCUAACUACAAAGACUUCCCUCCAGACCCGUCUGUCCCCGCUGCCCGUUGCUCCGAGGCCUUUCUUAAAGGAGCAGGUGCCCGAGAGGAAGACUUCUGUCAAAUCCUCGUGGCCUGGCACCUCUCAGCCCUGUCCUUCAGCCCAGAGUGCCAAGGAGGAGGCUAAAGUGGACUCGGGUAAAAAGAUGCCGAGCUUAGCUGGUGAAGAGGCAGAUAGAGGGGAGGCCCCGCAGAACGGCCCUUCUGUACCUAACAAAGCCACCUCCCUCAGAUCUGGCCCUAGCACCAUGGGCUUUUUUGAAACAACCAAAGCCGGACCCAGCCCGGGCAAAGGAAUCUGUGAGGGGAGCUGGGAGGCCAGCUCCCAGGCAACCCAGGCAUCUCUCUUAAGUGUCAGGCCUGAGGUGGCCACCAAGCCUGCUCUACCGGCUCGGAAGCCCCCGGUGACUCUGCCCCGACCGACCUCCCUGUCACAGGACCCUGGGUCCACUGUAUCUCAGGGGGAGGCAGGCCAAGCCCAACCUUUGCCAAAGGCCCGUAGUGUGGAGGACCCCACUGGCCAGGCUCCAGAGGCCAAGCCUCAACCGAAGAGACGGCCCCUGUCAGCAGUGUAUAGCGAGUGCAGCGAGUACCUGCUGUCCCCAAAGCCAGGCGCGGGUGGAGUGGCGGUCACGGGCAAAGUGCCCCCUCCGCCUCCCGAGAAGACGUGGGUGAGGAGACCCAGGCCUCUGUCUGUGGACCUGACUUCCAUCUUUGAGAGUGGAGACACGUUCCUGAAGAAGGUGGCGACUGAGCAGAGCACAGCCGAGCACCAGGGCCCGGAGAGGACCAGCAUGGAGCCCAGGGGUGAUGCAGAGGGUCCUGCCCGCAUGGAUGCCACGCCGCAGGACCCUGAUGCGGACUUCCAGGAGCUGGCCAAGAGGCUCCAUGCACGGAGGGAGAAGAUGGUUCUCAGGCAGGCAGAGACAGAUGGUCCCAGGACUCCAAGGGUCAGGGCCACCCCUGGAGACGAUCAGAGUCCCCAGGAAGAGGAAGCCAUGUCAGGCCAGCAAUCAGAGAAGGUGCAGGAGUCCCCUUCGACCAGACCUGGAGGAGCCCCGGGACUGACCGAGGUCAAGGGUGGAAGGUUUGACCAGGAGGCUUACGCACAGGCAGAGAGGAAGCCCACAGGAAGUGUCAGGAAGCGGCUCAGUCUGUUUGGAGAAGACAGCGCUGCUGUGGCCUUGGCAGUAGCAUCUGAGCCCACCCCUGUGACCCUGGAGUCCCUGUCCACACUGCCAGAGCCUUCCAGAGCUGGUGUGAACGUUCAGGCUCGGAUCAAAGGCUGGACCGUGGAGAAUGCAGGGGAGAAGCCAGAAGUCAGGAGAAGGGUGCCCCAGGCACGGCCCUUGCCUGCAGAUUUGACCAAACCGUUCUCAAGGACUGCUUCGAGCAACGAGAUCGGGCACGAGAAGUGUGCCACGCUGGGUGUCGAGUUCCCGGGGGAGAGGAGAGAAAAGCUUAAGGAAAGGCACGAUUUGGAUGGCGUCCCUGUCACAAAAAGUCCCUGGAAGAACGGGGUUCCCCAGAAGUCCAAGCAGACGGAGCUCAAAGGUUCCUCUGACCAGGAGAACCCCAACAGGUGUUGGAGUGCUCGCUCAGCGGGAGACACGGGCCCUUCUGAAGUCAGUCCGGAAGAUGGUGGGAGCUUCCAGAAGGUGUGGGCCACGGUGUUUGAGUAUCAUGUGGAGAGACACACGGUGGCUGACCAGGCAAGCCGUUGCCUCUCGACCGCACCCCCUCGUGAUGUGGCCGACACGCCCCCAGUUCCCAAACCCAGGCCUGAGGAUUGGCCAGGGAAGGAACCGCCAGGAGGGACAGACAGGAGAGACAGCUCCAGGUGGCCAUCGGACCACGCUGACCCGGGGAUGCUGGGACGAGCGGCCCUUGUGGAUGUGGAACGGAGACAGUAUCCCACACCUGUCCCCGAGGUGCGCCCCACGGAAGAGAGACACAGCCGCUCUGUCCCAAGGCAUCUGGAAAGUCCCCCUGUGUCCCAGAGGGUCCAGCCCACGUAUGACAUCGUGCAUGCCUCGGGGGAACGUGCACAUAGUGAAGCUGUGUCCAGGGUGCCCGAGGAGAAGGCGGUGACCCUGCGCAGUGGCAAACCCCAGCUCUCCCUGGCUGUCCAGCAGCUGCCCCAAGAGGUCAUCUCUUCUUACUCGGGGCGUUCUCCGCAGGCUAAUGGGGGUUCUGUCCAAAGGGCAGGUCUGAUAUGGGAAGCUCGUGGUAAGGAAGGCAGUGGACAGAAGCUGGACUGUCAACAGACAAGGGAUGGAUUUGGGGACACUUGCCAAUCUCCCAAAUGGACGGGAAGGGGGGUGGCAAGCUGGCACGGCAGUGCCGUGGUCAACAAAGAUCUCAGUACUGCCCAAAGGGGUCCAACCUGGAAUGUCUCUUCAAGUCCUCCUUCCAGGACCAACGUUGAGCCCUGUGACUCCCAAGUGCAGGCAGGGCCGGACUCAUUGUCCCCACAAAGAGGUUCCCUCGUGGUUGCCAGUGAGGAUAAUCCAAUGCUGGCCCAGGUGUCCCAGCCUGAAGUCAGAAUGCGGAGGUCCAACCCUUCGGAGCCGAGGUUGGACCGGUUUAGGCGGCGGACUUUGCCCCAUGAUGUGAAGUUUGAUUUGUUCGUGCCAGAGGGCAGUACCAAAACGCAGCAGAGACCAGCAGAUGGUCUGUCCUCCCCAGCCUGUGCCUUAAAGAGACCCCCAUCGUCCCACCAGCAGACACAAACUCAGGAGGUGACACCGGAUGCCCCACAAGGCAGGACUUUCCUGGUGGAGAAGCCGGGGCCGUCUGCAGAGCCCACUGCAACUUUCUUUGCAGUGACUUACCAGGUUCCCAAUAUUCAGAAGGCCAAGAGUGUGGUUAAGUCGGGGCCUGAAGGUGCGUCAGAGCCUUCCAGAAAAACGCCUCCACCUCUGUCACCUCGCUCUGUUGUGCCUGUUCUGGCUUCUCCCGGCCAUGAAGAGCCACGCUCUCCCGCCAGCAGCAAGGGGAGAGAUUUCGAAGAAGCAUGGAACCUCUCAAAACACCCGAAGUCCACAGACCAGCCCACCACGUCUGCAGGGGAUAGGACUCUGGAUCUUUCCCGGGACAGAAUCAUUGAUGUGGAUGCCCUGCGGCUUCAUCGAGGGUCAGAAGAUGGCGCUGUGAAGGACCGCAGGAUCGGGGCGCCCUCCGGCAGGGAUGCCCCGCAGACAUCCCCGGUCCUGAGGCAGCGGCCCAAAAGCCUCCUGGUGAGGAGGAGGGCAGAGGUGAUAAGUGAAACGUUCCCAGGGAAGAUGAGAGAUGGCUACAGAUCUAGCGUCCUUGACCUUGACGCUCUGAUGGCAGAGUACAAGGAGCAGCCGAGCAGAAUAACCAGCAAGACCCAGGGGCGGCAGGACAGCCCUCCUGCAGAGCCCAGCGGCUCGCCUCAGGAGAGAUCAGGUUGGCCCAAGAAGGCGGAGUGGAGACGGAGGAGCCUGAAGGAGGACCCCCAGUCAGACAGUGUAGGGCAACAAGCAGGGCGCACUGUGAAAGCCCUCCACUCCCCUGGCCCCAGCAAGCAGCCAACAGAGCCCUUAGGGGCAGCCAUGGCCACCAAGUCUGGCUUGCCACUGUGGGCACCGCCCCACUCAGCUUCUGGAGAAAACUCUCCCUCACCUUCUGCCGUCCCUGCUGGUUCGAGGAGAAAAUCCCCAGGCAUCGCUGAGUUCGAAAGCAAGCCCUCCUCCAGUGAGCACCAGGGUACCAAGCAUAGGCAAAGUUCAGCCAAGUCCCAGGAGCCAGGCAGCGGGGACCCGGUCUCCCCCGGGUCACCUCCCUCUGACCGGAAGAAAGGGACUCCGAGGAGAUCCACAGGUCAGGGAGUGGAAGGCCAUGGGGUGCCGUGGGGAACGCCCCCACGUGAUUCUGUUUGGUUACCACUGGACAUCAAGAGGACCUGCUCAGAGAAGGGCCCGCCAGCCAGGAUCCGGGAGGGCCUGUCCGUCAUGCAGGAUGCCAGACAGCGGAGGCAAGAACAGUCCAAAGGGAAGCCGGACCUCCCCACCACCGAGACUCCCAAGGCUGCCGCAGGACCCUGUGAGAGGGAUUCGAGGAGGCCGGAAGGCCCUAAGACGCCACUGCAGAACCCGGAGCAGAGGGACGAUCGGCAGGACAGCCAGCAGCCUCAGCGGCAGGUGUCCCCCGUUGCCUCCGUCCCCAGGCGAAGUCACAGCUUUUGCAAGGACAAGAGGAACAGUCCGCUCGUGAACCAGCUGAAGCAGUGUUUCUCCAGGCGAGCACCCGAGGCCAAGGAUACUGACACCCUCGUGCAGGAAGCCGACAGCCAGUAUGGGACCUGGGCAGACCAGCACCAGAACGGGGGCAGUUUUGGCCCCGAGACUCCUGAGUCUCCCGACAGCAGUGCGGCGUCUGCGGGAAAGCAGCCCCCCGGCAGCCACUUAUCCUCAUACACCGAGUCCACGUCGGUGGAGCAGCAUGACAGCUCCAGGGACCGGCGCAGCUCCAGCGUGGACCGCUCCAGUUCUGAGUUGGAGUCCACAGAUGGCCCAGAGGGGCCGCCUCCAUCAGAUGCGUGCCCUGCAGAGGAAGCUGAUUUCUCCUUCAUCCAUCAAACCUCAGUCCUCGACUCCAGUGCCCUCAAGACCCGGGUGCAGCUGAGUAAGCGAAGCCGUCGCCGGGCGCCCAUCUCCCACUCGCUCCGGCGCAGCCAGUUCAGCGAGUCCGAGAGCCGGUCCCCUCUGGAGGAGGAGUCACACAGCACGUGGAUGUUUAAGGAUUCCACAGAAGAGAAGUCGCCCAGGAGGGAUGAAUCGGAUGAAGAGCCUCCCAGGGUGGAGAGGACCCCUGUCAGCCACCUGCAGAGGAUGCCCGUGUUCCCAGGCAUGGACCCCGCUGUGCUGAAGGCUCAGCUGCCCAAGAGGACAGAAGUGGGCAGUCCUGGAGACUCUCUCAGCUGGACACCCCAGCCCAAGAGUCCUAAGUCGCCCUUCCAUCCCGGGGUGCUGCGCAGUCGGGUGCUGCCUUCUACCACAGAGAAAGAGAAGAGGUCAGAGGAGUGCUCGCCCCAGUGGCUAAAGGAACUGAAGUCCAAGAAGAGGCAGAGCCUAUAUGAGAAUCAAGCCUGACCAGGAUGUCACCACACCCAUAAACUCAAGCCUUAACUGCCAGAUGUCUGAACCUGAGGCCAAGCCACCCACUCCUCCCUGACCACCACGCUCGCGUGCCUGGGUCUUCCCACCCUGAAGACGCUGUGCUGAGCCACACCCGGGUCCCCACGGGAAGACCCUGUCCUGGGACUCGCUCCGGUCCACAGAGAGAUCUUUCGGCUCUCCAUGCCUGUGGAUUGGCCUUUGGUGUGACAGGUGGCCUUCCUGCCCUCUGCGUACACCUCACCAGACGCCCUAGGCUGGGACAUCAGCUCUCGGGCUCCCGCCCUGGCAGACCUUUGGGAAGGACUUUGACAAACAAGCUUGAAUGAAUGGCUCUUGGGUUUGCCACCAUCCGAGGAUUACACUGGUGUCUCGCGGGUUGGGUUUGUUUUUUUUUUUCCUCCCCUUUUUUGAUAAGCUCCCCUUUCCCCACUAAAAGCCUACAUCUGAUUUAUAAGCACAGCCCUGCUCCAUCCUGUCUGUACCCUUGUCCUUCCUGUGAGGCCCCGUGCACAGUUGGCCUGGGUCUUGUCGCUUUCAUGUUUGCUUCAGAGUGGGGGAUAAAGCAAUAAUGCAGCCAAUUUCCCUUGAACCUUGGCGAGUGCUUAUGUCUCAGCAUUGGCAGCAGGAAGAGACAGACAGUGUCCGGUCGCCUCGGGUUACCUGAUCGCUGUCCAAGCCUACGGAAGCUUGUGACGUUCACCCUUGUCCACAUCUGGGUUGCUCUGAUCUCCGUGGGGCAGCCUUUGCCCCGGGUCUCAAGCGUUACGAACGUUGGUUGGGAUUGUCCGUGCCCUGGCCACUCACAUACCGGACCUGUUCUUCCUGAACACCCAUAUCCUCCUGGAGAGAAGACACAACUCAGGCAGCUCAGCGGAACAGACUCGGCCCCUACCCCAACCGCCUUCCAUGGCUCACCUGGCCAAGUGAUUAUCAAGGUCCCACAUGGAUGUUGCGCUAACUGAAAAGCCCCUGUAGUGGGAGCCCUGGGCCAGAUGCUGGGCCAAGAAUGAGGUCUAUGGUGUCCUCCGUUGUGCAACUUGCAUGCUCACUCCAGGGAGUCCCAAGAGCUUCAGUACUCCUGAUACCUACUCUGUCCCGUUUCCUUUUCUUAAGCCUUCAAGGUGACAUCAGAAGCCGCCUCCCCCACCCCACCCCCAGGCACCAGCGGUCACCCCGGACACACCAGGCCAGCUGCCCGAAGCAUGCCGGUAGCUUCCAGAGCUCUUUCUCCAGCCUUGCUUUGGCGAUAUGCUUGCCAUUUCCAAGGGGGUCUGUGGCCGUGGAGGGCGCCGGGUCAGGUAUUCUGAUGGAUCCCUUCCUGGUGCGUGUGCCCACCCACCGCUGCCCUGAGGUCCUCAGAGUUAGAAGUUGCUCUCUGUAAAUCCGUUUCUUGCAAGUGGUGUUGAGACCUGCCUCCCCGGUCCGUGGCUGCCUCUGCUCCCUCUCACCCACUUUCUCUGCCUGGUUUCCCUUUGGAAGGGUGUGGUAUGAAGAAUGGAUGGCCAUGCUUGGUGUCUCCGGUAAGGACGGUUACCUGUGCCUGUAGGCUGAAGUGUUCAGCAGCAAGGAGCCGGCAGGCCCCACCCGCACCCUACCUUGUGCUCUGGCUGCAGACAGGAGCCAUUGUCUCUUUACCCUGUACCUGACUGUCUUCCUCCCCUGAGCUAGAGGUGAGCGGGUGGCCCGCUCUGAAAUCACUUGGGCUUCUGUCUCCCCGAAGACACU